CUUUGGCCCCCAAAAUGUCUUGAAACGGCCCUGGGUGUGUGACUGAGUGUUGAAGGUGAUCUGAAUUGUAUCAGAUGUAUAAAUAUAACAUUUGUAUAACUUAUUGUUUUUUACUGGUAAAAACGUGUCGUGGAGAUAAAUCUACCUACAUUUGACUUUUCAACACUUUGUUUUGUUUUCUUGUUUUUAUUGAACUAUUUUCCUGUCCUGUCUGUCUCUCAUCUUCCUGCAUCUCCUCUUAAUUCUCCAGAAAAUCUGUUGCCUGGAUUCUUACUUUUUCACCUCAUCAGUUUCUUUUGAGCAGAUCAAAGGGAUCUCCUGACCGCACAGCGGAGAGCGCGUUUUCGAUGCUGCGUGAGGUGACAUCACCACAGCACAGGUGAUGAGCUCCGCAGUAGCGAGCUUCAGGCACAAAUAAGACAGAAAAUAGAGAACAUGUACGGACAUGAACGAUCGUGUGCUAAUUAUAGUUUUUUGGUUGAACCACUUUGAGAAUGGACCGUGCGCUGGAAGCAGCUGCCUGGAUCGCUGCACAACAAUGCCGAACCGGUUCGCAGCAGCGCAAGUCUGCCGGCUCUCCCUCGCGCUGAUCUGUCGGCUCUCCCUCGCGCUGAUCUGCCGGCUCUCCCUCGCGCUGAUCUGCCGGCUCUCCCUCGCGCUGAUCUGCCGGCUCUCCCUCGCGCUGAUCUGACUUGCUCUGGUCUGCGCGCAAUGGCGGGCGGGAAGGGGGGGCGCUUUUGGAAGAGUUGUGCGACACAACGAAUCGAUGACGCAAUUCGUUGCCAACGCUUUUAGUAAUCGAUUUUCAUCGAAUUUAUCGAUUCGUUGUUGCAGCCCUAUUCAGUAUCCAGUUCCUGUCGACACCUUUAAAGAAACCCUCUGAACCCAAUCCGGACUGGAAUGCCCCGGUUCUGGUUUUAGUGUCAGAAGUGAGAAAGCCCCACCCACUUUGCGGUUACCAUGGUGACCCUGAUAAGCCACUGUCACAGCUGUAACGUUUCUGUUCAUCUUGGUUGUCGUCGUUCCUCCUUUACCGUUUAAACCUGUGAUUUUUUCUCUCUAAUCUUAGAUUAUGACAGAAGUAAAUCCCGGAUUACAGCUGGGAUUUACAGAAGAGAGCUGAUGUCUUUAAAAUAGCUUCAUAAAUGUUCCUGGUGUGUGUGAGUGAAGCAGGAAGGAAAAACUCCAGAAAGAACACGAGUCGAAUCCUGGAAUCUGACUUAAUCAGGAUCAGAUAUCCCGGCUGAUCCGGGCCUUUGGCUCCAGACGGGAAUAAAACUCUGCUGUAGCUUGGAGGGUGAUUACGAUAGCGUUGCAGAUUGUUUUAAAGGAAAAGUGUUGUUUCAUCCUGCUGGCCUCCAGGUCUUCGGCGUUCCUAAUCAGCAGCGGAGCCUCUUUGUCUGUCGGGAAACGUGCUAAAAGGAAAACGGCCUCGCUGGAAAAGGAGAGGAUGACAUGUGAUUGGCAGCGAGCUCCGGAGUGAUUCAUCCUGCAGAUUUAUAGAACUAUUCUGAGCUGUGGUGACACGUGCACGCGUGUGGUUUUGUGCACAACUGUCCGCGCUGGUGUUCACAUGGAUCAGUCCCAUAUCUGAAGUCACUGAGCGAGCGGCGCUGGCCCGGCUGCCGUGGCUAAAUGUGUACGUUGGAGAAAAAUGAAAGUCGUCUGUGAAAACCACACAGAAGCAGGAUUUAGGAUUUAAACGCAGAUUUUUCUUCCCUCAAGUGAAACCAGAUUAUUCCAGCUGCUCCUCGGCCGCUCUGGUUCCUGAAGUUUAACACGAGUUCUAUUAAUCCCUCUUUUGGGUCCGUUUUUAACAACCCUGAGGUCGUUUGGUGUUCCGGCUGACCCGCUGGAUCCGUUCAUCAGCGCAGCGACUGGAGAUGUCUGGCUCGCUCUGCAGGGCAUCAGCCUGGCUCACUUCCUGUAGACACACGGUGUGUGUGCGGGUGUGUGUGCACGCGGGUGUGUGUGUGUGUGUGUGUGUGUGUGUGUGUGUGUGUGUGUGUGGGCGUUUGUGUGUGGGUGUGUGUGUGGGCGUUUGUGUGUGUGCACGUGGGUGUGGGCGUGUGUGUUUGUGUGAGUGGGUGUGUGUGUGUGUGUGUGUGGGUGUGUGUGUGGGCGUUUGUGUGGGCGUUUGUGUGUGUGCACGUGGGUGUGGGCGUGUGUGUUUGUGUGAGUGGGUGUGUGUGCGCGCGUGGUGUGAGUGUGUGGGUGCGCGUGGGUGUGUGUGUUUGUGUGUGCGUGGGUGUGGGCGUGUGUGUUUCUGUGAGUGGGUGUGUGAGUGGGUGUGCGCGCGCGCAUGGAUGUGAGUGUGUGGGUGUGUGUGUGUGUGCGUGGGUGUGUGUGCGCGUGGGUGUGGGCGUGUGUGUUUGUGUGAGUGGGUGUGUGUGUGCGCGCGCAUGGAUGUGAGUGUGUGGGUGUGUGCGUGGGUGUGUGUGUGCGCGCGCGCAUGGAUGUGAGUGUGUGGGUGUGUGUGUGUGUGCGUGGGUGUGGGCAUUUGUGUGUGUGUGUGUGUGUGUGUGCGCGUGGGUGUGGGCGUGAGUGUGUGUGUGUGGGUGUGUGCGCGUGGGUGUGGGCGUGAGUGUGUGUGUGUGUGUGUGCGUGCGUGGGUGUGGGCGUGUGUGUUUGUGUGAGUGGGUGUGUGUGUGUGCGCGCGCAUGGAUGUGAGUGUGUGGGUGUGUGCGCGUGUGGGCGUGUGUGAGUGUGUGUGUGCACACGUGGGUGUGAGUGUGUGUGCACGUGGGUGUGUGUGUGUGUGUGUGUGUGUGUGUGUGUGUACACGUGUCUCUGUCUAACUCUUAAACUCGUCCACUCGCCUCCGGGCAGCGGGGGGGGCUCAGAUGCGGCCCGGAGCUCGUUAGAGCCCAGCGCUCUGCAGGGUUGUGAUUUUCUGGAAGGGAAGCGUGUUCAGGCGUGUUCCUGAGCGCGUGUACAUGCAUGUGUGUGUUCCUUCGGUCUGGGUUCAGGCGCUGCAGAUUAGGAGCCACGGGCCUGAACUGUGAGGUCAUCGCUGGUGUGAUCGUUUAACUCGCUGCUCUAAUGAAGUUAGCUUAAGAUGCAGAAGUCAGACCAGCUGUUUGUUAGAAGCUGCAGUGUUGUAUGACCAAACUGAUCCUGGACCAGCCUCGUCUCAGUUCUAGCCGCCUCGAGGAGUUCGGACUGAUCCAGGACAGGUUCCUGAGGUUCUGGGUUCAGGUGUUCUUACCGUCUCAGGUGUGAUUCAGGAUGCAGCGGCGUUUGUGUGAGUGGCGUGAGCUGCUUCUCGUUCACCUGUGUUUAACGUGUGGCUCUGCAGGAGAGUCCGAGUCUCUUAUGACUGAAUAAGUAGAGUUGCUGUAGGAGUCCUGACGCCAGCAGGACGUUGUUCUGUUUGGAUCAUCUGGUCCAUUUAGUGUCUGCAGAGCCUGAAGAACCAGAAUCAGGUUCAACCUUCUGCUCGAUUGCCUCGUUUAUAAUAAUAAUAAUCAUCCAACUUAUGCAGCGCUUUAUUAGGACACUCUUGUGUGAGCUCUUACAUUCACACACUGCCAGUGAUGGUUAGCUGCUACGUAGCCACAGCCGCCCUGGGGCGAGGCUGCCUGUUGGCGCCGUCGGCCCCUCUGACCGCCACCGGCGAGUCUCGCCUGGCAGGGAUGGUUGAAGCGUCCCUCUACGGUAACUUUGUUCCUCCGGACGACGCUCGGAAACACCUGUCCCAAAUGCUGGAGUUGUUGGUUUGGAUCUUAUGCAGACGGCAGGAAUACGGUCACAGAACCUGGAUCUGAGCUCAGAGGCGGAGCCGGACCACAGCAGGACCCGGAUUCCGUUCUAAUCCUGAGAUCGGCUUUAAGCUCUUCUGGUGUUUUAGUUUAGUUUUUCUGUUUCUUCCUUCCGUCAGGUUUAAGCUCCACCCCCUGCUCAUCCGUCCGGCUUCAUGGAACCGGAGCGUUUUACUCUCUCCUCUCUUUCCCUUCCAUCUCUGCUGGAUUCUGUUCCCUCUUCGCUGGAGUCCCUCCUCGUCCCGGCUCCUUAUCCGACUCCUCCCUGCCGUUGAGCCUCUGGCUCCUCGGAUCUGAACUCCAUCCUCUGAGGGUAAUUAUGAGCUCAGCUAAGUGAGGAGCAGAUCACUCAUAAACACCAGUUUGAGGCUCAGAGGGAUGGUUACCAGUACAGGUAAACACCGGAACCAGUUAGGUGAUGAUGGUUAAUGGCUGAUUUUAGGAGUUGUGGGAUUUUUGGACCAUUAAUUGUCUCCAGUUGAAUGUUUGUUUGUUCUUUUGUCAGAAACGGGACUUUUCUCCUGGUCUGGUUCUGCUCACGCCCCGGGGAGAUUCCCCUUUUCCUGCCCUGUACCCGCUCACUUCCUGCUUUUCUGCGUUGUCCUGAUUCCAUCCCUGAUAGUCCUGGUCCAGAUUUCAGCAGGCAACACACACACAUCCCGACCUUUCCAGGGACUAAAUUUAGCUCCACCAAAGAAUAGGAGGAAGGGAGGAGAGCAGACGGAUAGAUGGAUGGAUGGAAUGCUACUGCGGGAUUUUGGGUUCAGGCUGGUCGGACAAUAACCCGAUGAUGGCUAUCGGGAGCUGUGGGCCGCGUUCCAGCUCUGGUGACGUCGGACCUGCAGACGGUGUGUUUCUGUUGGAAGGAGGACGCAGGUGUCUCCAGACUGCAGGCUGAAGGGAAAUGAGCUGCUGCUAAAAAUAGUCGGGAGCCAGGAACGCCGUGUUUCACCUCUGCCUGACUCGGUCCCGUCUGGAGUUCACGUUCUCCGUGGACGUCUCGUCCCCGUCCACCACGGACGAUCGCCCGGCGUCAGCAUCUUUUAUGGCUGUGAGAGGCACGAAACUCGUCACGGUGGAUAAAAGCAUCGAAGCCUCCUGAAGACCAUCCGCUCAGCUUCCUCUCUGUAGGAGAAGCCCGAACUGGAACGGGUUUGCCUUCCCGGAGUGGGCCUACAAGCCGGAGUCGAGCCCAGGCUCCAGACAGAUCCAGCUGUGGCACUUCAUCCUGGAGCUGCUGAGGAAACAGGAGUACAACGAUGUCAUCGCCUGGCAGGGAGACUACGGGGAGUUUGUCAUCAAAGACCCCGACGAGGUGGCCCGGCUGUGGGGGGCCCGGAAGUGCAAACCCCAGAUGAACUACGACAAGCUCAGUCGGGCCCUGAGGUAUUACUACAAUAAACGGAUCCUCCACAAGACCAAAGGGAAGAGGUUCACCUACAAGUUCAACUUCAACAAGCUCGUCCUCGUCAACUAUCCCUUCAUCGACAUGGGCUCUGGUCGGGGGGUUCCCCAGAGCGCCCCCCCUGUUCCGACCGGAGGAACCCACUUUCGUUUCCCCCCCUCCACGCCGUCGGAGGUCCUGUCCUCCAGCGAGGAGCUGCGGAGCCCAGGGGUGUUCAGCGCCGUGGCCCGCCGCAUGGCCCGCGGUUCUGUGAGCGACUGCAGCGACGGCACCUCCACCAACUCGGAGCUGGAGGAGGCCGCCGGCGCCGAGGAGCGCGCCAUGGGGCCCGACAGAGCCUUCAGGGGGCUCCUCCCCCCUCGCCUGCCACAUGACUCCCUGUUCAGGGUCUAUGGGGGGGGGCAGCACCCCGCGGGGCUCCCUAGACCUGCUCCCAGGGUCCACCCAGACCCUCUGUCCCCCUUCCCCGUCUCCCCCCUGACUGGCCACGGAGGUCUCCUGGGUCCCACUCUGUCCCCAGCUCUGUCCAUGACCCCCACCCCCCACCUGCCCUUCACCCCCUCCCCCUCCCUGUCGUCCCCCAUGAUGGGCUCCCACUUCUCCUUCAACCCGGAGGACAUGAAGCACUACCUGCAGGCCCACACCCAGUCCGUGUACAACUACCACCUGAGCCCGCGGGCCUUCCUGCACUACCCCAACAUCGUGGUCCCUCAGCCGCACCGCCCCACCCCCGACAAGCUCCCCACCCAUCACCUCCACGCCCCCCCCAUGUCUCUCCCUCACUCACUCGCCCAGCAGCCGGGAGGCGGCGAGGAAGGCCACCCGUCGCCCUUCAAGUUCAAGCUGCAGCCGCCCCCGCUCGGGCGCAAGCAGAGGGAGGCGGGGUCUUCUCUGGGCUCCUCCUCCUCCCUGCAGUCCGCCUCAUUUACAGGUUCUGGUUCCGUCCCGGGAGGAGGGCCUCCUAAGAUCAAGGUGGAACCGGUGUCGGACCUGUCGGAGGAAGACGUGGAGGUGACUGACAUCAGCGAGGAAGAGGAGAUGAAUCAGAAUGAUGAAGAUGAUGAGAGCGACCUCUUCACUGUCUCAGCUCGCGGUCGCCACCAUCACCAGAACCACCAGGCUGACGGAACCAGCAGCAGCCCGUCAGCCGCUCCUCCUCCUCACAUCGAUGACGACCCAGACGACGACGAGGAGGUCUUCAAGACUCCUGCUACUCCUCCUGGCAGCAGCGGCUCGGCCGCUCCUCUGAUGGGCCUGAAGAGCGAACCGGGCCAGGCGGCACCGAUCAGCCCCGGAGGAACUUGCUGCAUCCCGCCCAAACUCCGCUUCAAACGCCGCUGGAGCGAAGACCAGAAGAUGGAGGCGGACGAAGACCGGGACGAGGCGGAGGACAAGAAGGUCCGUGCUGAGGAGGAGGAGGAGGAGAACAGAGGAGGAGGAGGAGGAGGAGUGAUCCUGGGCCUGAUGCUGCCUCCGGCGCCGACUCAGCGCCGCACCAGUGCAGAGCUCCAGAAGGCCACGGCGCAGCUGUCGCUGGAGCACGCCGGCUGCUGAGCCACACACACACACACACACAUUCUUAUCACACACACACACACACACACACAUUCUUAUCACACACACACACACACACACACAUUCUUAUCACACACACACACACACACAUUCUUAACACACACACAUUCCAAAACUAACACACACACACACACACCUGUGGGAGGCUCAGCAGCAGCUCCGGGCGUUCCGGAUCGGCCGGAACUUUGCUCUAGAGAAAGUAGAACCUUCAGUCUUUUGGUUCCGGAGCAGAAUGGCGUUCCUGGUGGGCGGAGCGACCUCGGAGUGCCGAGAGCUUCUUAAACGUCUAAACCGAACAAAAUGAAAUGUAUCUUCAGGUUUUGUCAGAACCACCAGCUGGGUUCACGACCCACACAGAGACAACACUAAGAAGGAACCGAGCUGGCUCACAUUGGAACUGCGAGUCCAGUCCCGGUUCUACUCCUGGCGUUCCCGGAGCCUUACAGAAGUGCCUCGGACCGCUGCAGCACCGCGCCGCUCUACCGGAGCAGAAUCCUUCGCUACGUGUACAAAGAUGAAACGGAGAGGAUUGUGGGACAUGGCAGAUCUUUGUGGAGGAAUUUUGACCCGGUUCUAGACGGGUUCUGCAGCGUCUGGAUGACCGGAUCUAAAGGUGUUCCUGCCCCCCCGGGACCGGGACAGUAUUCAGGGCAUUGGCAGCCACCUUCUGGAUCUGUUUCCUGGAAACGGCCGAGUGAAUGUGGAGCGUCAGGCUACUCAGGCGAACCUUCUCCCACAUCCUGGGAAUGUUCAGAGCCGAGAUCGUUCCCGUUUUUUCGGCAGAUUCCAUAAGUUGGUGCCUUUUUGUGAGUUUUAUCGAUUCCCCUCCAGCAAAAUGUAUUAAAACAACCAUCAUGCCUUCGGCUUUUAUAAAACCGACAAAUAUAUUUUAUUCAAUAUUAAGAUCAAGUGUUUUAUUUCAAUAUUUGAUACAAAUGAGUUAAAUCCUGAUAUUUUUACUAGUAAAGAUGUAAAUAGUCGUCCGUAUCCUGCCUUUCCUGUUGGGUUCAUGCAGAGCUGAGCAGAACCGGGUCGGCUGUUUAACAGCUGAUCUGUUCAGAACUUUCUCUCAGAAACACUCCUGGUCACCGUGGUUACAGUAAAAGGAAAUGACAUCACACACACCUCAGAGCAGCGACGGACUUCCCAUAAUCCCUCACUUUGCUCUCGUGUGUGUGUGUGUGCAUGUGUGUGGUUACGUCAUCACACACACACACACGCAACCAUUUCCUUGUUCACCGUUUUCGUUUGAAAUCCUCGUUUUCAGGAUUUUUAACGACUGUUUUUCUUUUCCAGACACAAAAGUUGGGAAAACUCGUCUGGUGAAGGAAAACUGAUGGCUGCCUUAGUCGGCCUUCCCGGUUUCAUCCUUGUGCGUUUCCCGUCUCUCUCUCUCUCCUCGUCUUUACACCAUUAACACGACUGCUCUCUGAUGGCGUCCACUCGGCCUUUCCUUGGCUACUUGUGACCUCGUACCAGUUUGCACUCUUCCCGCGACCUUUACUCAUUUUUGUAACCGCCGACGAGAGGAGGGUGACGUCAUCGUCACGUGACGUAAAACACGGGGAAGAACUGCUUGUUUUUUAACUUGUGUACAUAUUUAUAUAUAAAUAUAUUUACUUUUGUUUCCAUGUUGGUGGAUUGUGUAAGAAAACAACCUUGUACUGUUUAACGUUGCUGUUUCCUUCCUCCUGCCGCGCCGCGAGCUUUCAUCCUUGUUCUGUUUCCUUCUGUAUCUGUUCAUCCUCAUUUGUAAUUAAACAAUAAUCAGGGUUCAUUAAAAUGGUGAAAAUGG